ACUCCAUGCUGCCUUGCAGCGCUCCUAAGACGACGAGAAGCUCUGACCACUGCCUUCAUCUCCUCUUUGCUUCGCGUGGUGGUGUCUGAUUCGAGAGUGAUACGGAUUGUGAACGUCUCCACUGCAUUGUUUACGAUCAUCGUUACAUAAACCGAAGUGUUGAGUCGACAUCAGCUCCGACUCGUCACGUGCAGACUCAAUUGCUAAUGCUACGCGUUCCUCAUGCUCGGUUGUUGUCGAUUGUGAAGAACUAUAAACGCUGGCGUUUCCUUCCUCGAGUUGAUGCGACGCCACGUGAAGCACGAGAUCCACCGCCGCCUCUUCCCUCACCAAAGUAUCUCGACGUUCAUGGUCGCUGUACAGUUGAGUACAUCGACAUCCCGCCUUUUAAAGAAGCUCUUCGAGGUCAUGAAGCUCCAGUGACAAUCGUAUUGGUGCAUGGCGCACCAGGCAGCUACAAUGACUUCCGUCAUUUGAUUCCAAAACUGAAUCACCCUCACUGGCGUAUCCUCGGCAUCAACUUGCCAGGUUACGCCGGGUCCAAAGUAUCUGGAGAACAUUAUCUCGACAGUGUCAGCGCGUUGCCCACUGCUGAAUUGGUACUAGAAGUUGUGAACAAGCUCUGUGGUGGACACGAAGGUAGUGACAAUGUGUUCCUCGUUGGUCACUCCUUCGGAGCACACACGGUGAUCAACGUGGCGGCUCAGGAGAAGCACAAGAAGUUCACGGUUCGGGGCAUGGCAUUGUUGGCUCCUGCUGGCUGCCGGCCUCAUAAGGUCCUGCGGCCUCGCGAGAGUGCUAUGGUAGUGAAUAUGUUGCAGAGAGAUAACCCCGUGAUCUCUGUAUUAACGUCGUACUUUAUCAAAGCGAUCUAUACUAGACUGCUAAAGUUCCCUAGUGAUCAGCCAGCUGGUCACUACCUCGCGGGUCUUGUCCGCGCAGGAACGACUGACUUCAACGUGAUCCGCAAACAAGUUGAUAUUCUGCGUGAGCUGAAGAUACCGACACUCGCUGCGUGGUCGCAGAACGACGUGUUUAUGGAGGAAGAGAUCCCUGUUGAACUCGCUCGACUUUGUUCUCCUGGACCGCGUUUAGUCUUCGCUAAGGGAGGACACAACGUGCAAAAGACUCGAGCAGAACAAAUUGGCAACGCGUUGAGCAAAUGGAUAGAAGAAGUGGUAGAUGAAGAAGAUCACGCUAAAGAGCAGCCAAUCCAACUCUUGCCAUAAUAACGGCAAUAAACUUUUUAAUGAUUACCAUUUCUUGUCUUGUAAA